AUCCGGAACGGCGGUGCAUCAUGAUGUAGCCAACUAAUGUCAAUGUUGUAGGAUCAUAAGGACUGACGCAGUAGUACAGUUCGUUGGUUGCAGUCAGCGAGCCUGCCCAGAAGUUAUCCGACUCUCUAAUAACACUUUUGCAGCUUUUGACUUUGACAAGAUGACAACUAGUACUCCGACUUGUAUCAAUGAGCAGCCUGUUUGGGACACCAUGCCGUGACAGUGUGUCGGAUGCCUGGACAGUGUCUGACACUGACGGUUUGUGAUAAGGUGGCCAAACAUGCACCAGUGGGGUUGAAAGGGUAAAGUAUUUGGACCCUUCUCUUAGUCCCGGGCCCGAUAUCGAUAUGCAUGAAUCGCCCAUUUGGUGGUGACACAAAGUUGACUCAUGCAGUUCUCAUUUGUGUCCUUAGUUUUCCAUUUGUUGUCACUCAUGAAUCCUAACUGGAAAGGUGGGUAGGCAUUAUAUAUUGCACCUUUAACGACAGCAGUGGCCUACAUACAUUUUAUUACAAUUUUAUUAGAAAUCUCCAGGACAAAGGUGAUAUACAAUUGUAUAUGUUGUUUACUUAUCGUUGCUAUAACAAUAAUACCAUUGGGACGCAGCCUAUGAGAGUAAAUAAUAAGGAAGACACCCUGCAGUUGUAACUCGGUUUGGUUCAGAAACUAAGUAAAAUAAAAUGAGUCCGCUUAUGAUGGAGAGCUGAGGGUGCUGAGGCCAGCUAGCUGAGGAGGUGGAUAUAUCCUUUCGAAACAGUCACUGUGAUGUGUUUCUGAGGGGGGCUGAUCCAAUGAGUGUAUUUAUAAGCUGAUGUAGUUAAUUCCGAAGCAAACCCUCUGUUCUCCUUCCAUAACUCUCCAGCCGGCAGUAUUGCUGACCACAGCAUGUCCCCGUUCAAAUGGCUGAAAAUAGUGUGGCAGAAUGAAUAGUGAUUCUGAGGAAGUCAAGAGUCCCCCCCCCCCUCCGCCCCAUCUGACACCUGACCAUGUCCAACGAACACACACCCCUGCUGACCUCCGGGGUAUGUGGCCUGGCCGUCGGCAUGGCAACGGUGUGUGGUCGGGGCCAACCGGGGGAGUCGAGCCCCGUCCACGCCGGGGCCCCCAAGAAGGAGCCCCGAAAGCUGGACACCUUCUUCGGGGUGAUGGUGCCCACCGUCCUGUCCAUGUUCAGCAUCGUGCUCUUCCUCAGGACCGGGUUCAUCGUGGGCCACGCUGGUCUCCUCCAGGGCCUGCUAAUGCUGGUAGUGGCCUACACCAUCAUCUCUCUCACCAUACUGUCCAUCUGCGCCAUCUCAACCAACGGAGCCAUCAAAGGAGGCGGGGCCUAUUACAUGAUAAGCCGCUCGCUUGGGCCGGAGUUCGGAGGGAGCAUCGGCCUGAUGUUCUUCCUGGCCAAGGUGUGUGCCUGUGGGGUGUACGUCCUCGGUCUGGUGGAGGCCAUCCUGAACGUGUUUGGCAUAGAGCCCGACGCGGCGGUGCUGGGGGGCGUGCGGGUCCUGCCGCAGGGCUACUGGUACAACGUGCUGUACUCGGCCGUGGUGCUGCUGCUCUGUCUGCUGGUGUGCCUGGUGGGCGCGCACAUCUACGCCCGCACGGCCUUCGUCAUCCUGCUGGUGGUCAACGUCACGCUGCUGUCCAUCCUCAUCAGCCCGCUGGCCGUGCCCGCCCAGGACUUCAACAUCACGCACCACGGGCCCGGCAACCAGACGCUGCACUACGACGUCUCCUACACGGGCUUCAACGCCACCACGCUCCGCGGCAACCUCUGGCCGGGCUACACGCUGGACUACAGCACCAACUCGGUCAUGUCCUUCGCCACCGUGUUCGCUGUGAUGUUCACCAGCUGCACGGGCAUCAUGGCCGGAGCCAACAUGUCAGGGGAGCUGAAGACUCCCAGUGCGUCUAUUCCCAAAGGCACCAUCCUGGCCGUGGUUUACACCUUCAUUGUCUAUGUGGUUCUCUUCUUCCUGGUCAGCUCCACCUGUGAGAGGGAUCUGAUGACGCAGGACUACGGCUUCUUCCAGAGGAUCAACGUGUGGCCACCGUUUGUGACCAUCGGCAUCUACUGCGGCGCUCUCUCGGCCGCCAUGAGCUCCAUGAUCGGAGCGUCGCGCAUCCUCCACGCCCUCGCCGAGGACCAGCUCUUUGGUUUGCCGUUGGCUCCAGCAGCCAUCAAGUCCAGCUCGGGCAAUCCCUGGGUGGCCGUCGUGUACACGUGGGCCCUCGCGCAGUGCGUGGUGUUCGCCGGGCAGCUGAACGCCGUGGCCGGGCUGGUCACGGUCUUCUACCUGCUGGCCUACGCCGCGGUGGACCUGGCCUGCCUGGCGCUGGAGUGGGCUUCGGCGCCCAACUUCAGGCCGACGUUCCAGUUGUUCUCCUGGCACACCUGCCUGCUGGGCAUCCUCAGCUGCCUGGUGAUGAUGUUCGUCAUCAACCCGGUGUACUCCUCGGCCAGCAUCGUCGUCCUGCUGCUGCUGCUCCUCUUCCUCCACUACAGGUCCCCCACCAGCAGCUGGGGCUACAUCAGCCAGGCCCUCAUAUUCCACCAGGUGCGGAAGUAUCUGCUGAUGCUGGACGUGAGGAAGGAUCACGUGAAGUUCUGGAGGCCCCAGGUUCUGCUGAUGGUGUCCAACCCGCGCUCCUCCUCCCAGCUCAUCCUGUUUGUCAACCAGCUGAAGAAGGGCGGCCUGUUUGUGCUGGGCCACGUGCAGCUGGGAGAUCUGGAUUCCUUCCCGUCGGACCCGGUCCAGCAGCAGUAUAACUUCUGGCUGAGUCUGGUUGACAAGCUGGGGGUGAAGGCCUUCGUGGACCUGACUCUGUCUCUGUCCGUCAGACAGGGGACACAGCAUCUCCUGCGCAUCACUGGCCUAGGUGGCAUGAAGCCCAACACCCUGGUGCUGGGCUUCUACGACAGCUGCACCCCCGACGACUACUUCCUCCAGGACCCGGCCUUCUGCCACGCCUCGCCGGGCAAGACGCAGGAGGACAACUACAACUUCGGCGUGGACCUGCCCUCGCUGCAGGCCCACUUCCCCCCGGUGCGCCACGUGGAGAGCCCCCGCUGGCUGUCCCCCGAGGAGUACGUGGGCAUCGUGUCGGACGCCAUCAAGAUGGACAAGAACGUGUGCCUGGGCCGCUACCUCUUCGAGCUGCAGGGGGAGGGCCGGGACAGCAAGGUGGACGGCUCGGAGCGCACCAUCGACGUGUGGCCGCUCAACCUGCUGCGGCCCAGCCGCUGCGACCGCGUGGACGUGUGCAGCCUCUUCCUGCUGCAGAUGGCCUGCGUGCUCAACAUGUCGGGCCGCUGGCGCCGCGCCCGCAUGCGCAUCUUCCUGAACGUGGAGGCGGCGUCGGGCGAGCAGGGCUGGGCGGUGAACGAGGAGACCUUCCGCGAGCUGCUGCGGAAGCUGCGGAUCCGCGCGGCCAUCACCAUCGUGCCGUGGGACGCGGCCGUGCAGAGCUACUGCGCCUGCUGCGCCGCGCCGGAGGACGGCGAGGACGCCGCCGAGGCCACGCCCCCACCCCCGCGCGCCCUCUCCGACGACUUCCUGUCGGCGGUGAACGGCCUGCUGAUGGAGCACAGCUCCCAGGCGGCGGUGCGCUUCCUCUAUCUGCCCCGCCCGCCCGCCCAUUACAGCCAAUCGCAGCAGUACUUGUCCCAGUUAGAGGCGGUGACCAAUCGUUUAGGCCCCACCCUCUUGAUCCACGGCGUCACCCCGGUGACGUGCACCGACUUCUGAUGGAGGCGCUUUAGACCCAAGGCUUUUAGACUCUUGUCUGUUCUGUGUUCAGUAUCUCGGUGUUGUCCUUGGAUGGUCAUGCAGGGAACAUUUGGUUAAAUAAAUCUAAAGUUAAGUAUAAUUACUAGGAACAGUCCCUCUCGCCAGCACACGACCGGAGGGCUUCCGUUACUCUCUUACAGCAAAUUAAGCAGAAGUUAUUGUGCCGUUGGUGUGCUUUAUUCCUGCGUUCUCAUCACGCUUACUUGUUGACAUGGCACUCGAUGCCUAAUUGCUAGUGUUUCCACCGUCUUAACAAUCGCUCCGGCUUCACCUAACAUCUCUUCAAGUCUGGUCACUGUAGCGACUUUGUGUGCUUCCCUGUGGCUACCUGCUCUUAGAUAACAUUUGCCUUUUCUUACGACAGAGCCAAAGAUGGUCACCGUGGCGUGGAAGUGUUUUUGUCACGGGUGGUUUGCAAAGCUGUGGUAGACGGGGGGGGGGGGGGGGACUAGAGUGCAAGAUGUUAAUAUUAACUAUGCACACGUUCUGUACUUGAAGUAGUUAACGCAGGGUACUGUCGAUGUCAAAGGUUGCUUCAGCUUCUGCAAGUGCUUAACGGAGAGUGUACAUACAGGACCUCAGGCUAGUUGUGUUCUUGGAACACAAGUAUUAGAGCACGUGUUACUGACGUCACAUGUUUAGCUUAGGGUCACUAAGGGAUCGCUUAAAACGGCUUCACAAAAGCACUGUACACCUGAGUGAGCUUAUCUGUUGGGGGAAAAAGAAGAGCUUAACAAACUGAAAUUGUACAGAAACUUCUUUGAAACCGGGCUGCUGGGUAGAUGUAAAUGUCUAUGCUUUCUUUUUUCAUUCCAGUUCGGAAGAGAUAAAAGACCAAACUAUUUAACAGAUAAAAGAUCUAAGCGAACCGAAAAUAGCACUGACCAAAUGACGUGUCAAUUUAGUCUCAAAUAAACGGAAACAAAGUUAACAUUUGGGGCCAGAAAGAUACGGAAACAAAGUGUGUUGUAUCGGUAUGCAUUAGGAAUGUGAUACCUGAUGGUAGCACAUUUAAUAAGAUUUAUCAAGGGAAUUGUUGUGCACCAUUUAUUAGAAAUAUUAUCUUUUAAAAUGUUACAUGGCGACUUGUCCAAACCAGGUUUGUUUGUUAUUUUUUCAAAGCUACGAGUUUACUGCAUACUGCUCACUUAAAAAUGUUUUUGUAAUGGUUGAUGUGGCCUUGCAGUGCCAAUAAUAAAUAACAAGUAUUAGUAAAUGAAUCCCCAUAAGUGCCAUGAAGCUUAGGCUUGGCAUUUCUAUGAAAUGUGAUUUGCUUGUUAUGCCGAAAAACAUUGAUUAUAACAAUUGUUCUGGGAAUAUAUUUUAAAUUACAUUUCAGUAUGCAUUGUUACCUCUGUAACUGUUACCCUUUUAUAGAUGAAUUGGAAAAGGAUUUGAGGGUAUUAAAUAAAUACAAUAAAGCUUG